AUGGUUGAAAAGCAGGCCGGCUCGCCGUCGGCCUCGUCCUCGGCCGAACCGCCCAGUCAAAUUCAUCAGCUGGCCCAGAACGACGAACUGAAGAACACUGCGGGUACAUCGGAGGAACAAAGUCAGGGCCAGAUGCCAGGUGGGUUGAGGUUUUUGAAAAUUUUGAAAACUUUUUGAAAUAUUGAAAAAAUUUUGAAAUUUUGAAAAAAAUUUUAAAGUGUGACAAAAUAUGGAAUUUGGGUUAAAUUAGAAAAAUGUUGGAAAAUUUUUAAAAUUUGGGUUAAAAUUUUAAAAUUUCGAAAAAAAAUUUUUUUUUGAAAAAAAUUGAAGUUGGUAAAAAAGUUUCGAAAUUGCGACAAAAUUUUUAAAUUAAAAAAAAUCUUUGUUUUCAAGCCUUGCCAAAGUUUUAUAGACCUUACUUACAAAUUCCCAAAACCCUCACCUAAAAAACUCUCCAAAAUGCCAUCGUAUACCGAUUAAAAUUGCGCGCAGCUUUAGCAAAAAGUGCCGACUUUGGUCGCAGCUUGAGCUUAUCGAAUUUGUCAAAAUGGCAACAGUCGGGAUCGUUUAGCCUUGAUCAAGAACACUUUUUGACAAACGUUUUUUCGAGAGGAAAUGUAUGUGUGGGAACGGCAGCGGGAACAUUAAUACGAUUGGAGGGGUAACGGUGACAAAAGAAAGGAAACCAUAUAGGGUUUGAGCAAUGUAAUGGCUAAGUGGGGGUUUGUUCGAUUUUUGAGUUUUGAUAAAGGUUUUCGGUCGAUUUUUGAUAGAGGUUUUAGGUUUGGAUGUAAUUUUUAGAUUCUGUAUGUAAUUUGGAUGCUUCUCUAUGUCUUUUUUGAUUUGUUUUUACUAUCUGGGUUACUGUAAUUUAAGCUAGAAGUUUUACUUGGACUUGAAGGAAAAUGGUUUGAUGUUCUUAACUUUUUGGUCGAUUUUUGAUAAAGUUUUUAAUUUUGGUUGUGAUUUGUGGAUUCUACAUGAAAUUGUGAUGUCUAUAUAUGCUUUUUGAUCUUUUUUAUUACUAGCUUUGUUACUGUAAUUUGAGUUAGAAGGUUAAUUGGAUUUGAAGGGGAUUGUGGGUUCUUUUUGAGUUUUCGGUCGAUUUUGGUGAUUUUUUAAGAUUUUCGGGCAACCUGGUUCUUAUUUCUGGGUUCUACAUGAAAUGGUGAUGCAUAUGUGUAGUUUUUAUUGAUUUAUUCAAAAUUAUAUUACUGUAAUUUGAAGUGCAACACUAUAGGUAUUUCAGGAAUUGCAUUUCAAAACUGAUCAGUUUUAGUCGAUUUUUAGAAUUUUAGAAAAUUUAUAGGAUUUUGAAUGAGAUUUUAGGGUGUUACAUCUUGUUUUCAUGUUUUUGUUUUAUUGUGUAGGUACUAAAUAGUAUAAUACGACUGUAUAUGGGCUUUGAAGUCUUGUAUUACUUCCAACAAAAGUUUCUAAAAUUGGCUGUUUUUGGUCGAUUUUGGGGCUUUAAAUUAGAUUUAUAGUAUUGUAUGUACGACUUUUUGGGUUCUAAAAGUCAUUUUGAUUUAGAGAGUUUAUUUUUGCAUUCUUACUGUACUUUUCUUGCUGUAAAAUGAGCUUUUUUACUCGGCAAUCGUAUGUUUUGAUUUUUGAAAAAACAGGCUAGUUCUAAAAGAAACGUUUAAAACUAGAUAAAUUGAAUACUGUAACCAUUAAAAACAGAGCAAGUACAUUAUAAACUCUAAUUACGACUAGUUUCCUACAGGAAUUUUCGUAUAUCAAUCGAGUUUUAACGAGUUUCCUCUCGCUUUUUGCCGCGAAUCCGCCUGCGAUUCUUAUUAAAGCCAAGCCGAACGGCGACAAAUUAUAAAAAAAAUGCGAGAAAAAAUCACAGUGGGUGCAUGUUGUUGUAGCCGACCUUUCUGUGACAAACUUUUCUCGUUUUUGUAAUUUAUAAGCCGUUUUUUGCGCGAUUACUGUAGCGGGAACGGGAACGACGCAGAAAAGGAAAGGGGGAGAUUGUGUCGCAGCAGAAAAGGGGUAGAGAUAUCGUGUCGCAGCGACAAAAGCGAUAGUUGGAAUAAUGUAAAAAUGGAUUCAGUAUAACUACUAUGGUCUUGAGGACGUUGUGUAGUAAUAUUACAAUGAGAUGAUAACAGGUUACUGUAAUAUGGCUUGAUUUUUAAAAUUGUAAAAAAUCAAAAUUUUUUGAUUUUUAAAUUUAAUUUUUUGAAACCUUAAAAUGAAUUUAAAAUUAAAUUUUUGGGUAUUUUAGAAUAUUGCAUUAAAUUUACUAUAGUAUUGGUAUUAUAAUUUAUGUUACAUUUUUUCGAAAUUACGGUAGAAAGAGCGCUUAUGAUGAGUAAUAGCAGUUUGGCGGCGAACCGACGAAAAAACUUGUUUAACAAUCAAUGAAACGUGUCGAUACGGUAGAGAAAAGUGGUGUGUUUUCUUGUGCAUACUGUAAAAUUUAUGUUUUUUCUAGUGAAUACAGUUAACUAGGGCUUGUUUAAGUUGGCAAUACAACAUCGUAUGUUAUAAUGUUUUGUAAUAGGUUUAUCAGUGGAUAUUGUAAAUUAAAUGUACUUUUUAGAGGCCGGGAACGGUAGAUAGUCUGUUAUGGUUCGUGGGUAGGGUUGACUGUGAAAUCUUGGUCAUGGGGUAAGGGAGGGGUCAGGUAAAACUUUUUUUUUGAAAAUCAACAUGGGGACCUAGCUCAACUUUUCAAAAAAAAACUUUUUGGUAAUGGAGCGGUUUUUUUUACUUUUGUCGUUUAAUACAAUGGUGUGGUAAUGUAUGAUCACUUUGAGGUGUUAAAUUGCAAUUUUAAAAACUUUUAAAUUCAAAAUCUUUCUUAAAAACGUCAUUCUUCACAAAAUUCGGAGCCAAGCAAAAUUUUCUGCACACGCUAAUCUAGCGAAAAAAAUGUUUACUCCGCGACGAAUCCAACCCGGUCUAAUACCCAUCCCCUCCACCGUAAUCCCCUUGUUUUGGCCGCUGAUCCCCAAAAGAAGUCACCUGGCUAGGGGCUAAUACGCCUAAAGUGACUUUACAAAAAAUAAAGUAAGAUGGGGUGUGGGAUGAGCUUACGGGUUAGUUAUUACUUGGCUUAUCAGCUUAAGGUAGGUUACAUGGCUUUAUGAGCUUAGGGGUAGUUUAUUUGGCUUUGGCAGCUUAAGGGUAGGUUACUCGACUUUGCCAGUUUAGUAGUGGGUUACUGUUUGGCCUUAGGUAUUAAAAGGUCAAAAAUUUGAAAAAAAAUUAAAAUAAAAAAUUUUUAAUAAAAAAUUUAAAAAUUAAAAAAAAAUUUUUUUUUUUAUAUUGAAGUAGGCCCUAAAUGUCAUUUUAAACAUUUUCAAUUAUAACAAGCUACUGAAAAUACUGAAACAAGCCCUUAACUCUCCAAAAAUGCCACUAAAUCCGAUCAAUGAUCAGUGUUUUGGUUACGGUAACACUUAAUGUAGUUAGUUUCAAAUUCCGCUCAAAUCCGCUUUGUAAUCGCAUUUUGGAGACAUGAGCCAUCCACAGGAGUCUGUACUUUAUGUACGACAAAUUUCGCUGGAAUUCGUUGAAAUGUGGCGGGCAUACGAUUAAAAAUGUCAUCGUUUUGAGUGAGAGGUUUUGGUGUGGGUUUAGGUAAUUUUGAUGUUUGUAGGAGAGGUUGUUGGGUGUGGAAUUGCGAUUCUUGACUUUGUAUAAGUUAAGUAUGGUCUGUAGAAGUAGUACUUUAAGUUAUUUGGCUGUGGCUAUGUUAGAGACAAAGAAAAAUGAAAGUAAAGGUAUUGUGGUACUUGUAGGUAUAGGUGCUUUCGAUGGUUGUAGUAGAGAUGGUCAGGCCUGUCAGGGUGGUUUUAUGGUUUAUAUAGUUUAAGUAUGGUCUGUAGAUAUUGUACUGUAAGCAUUUUGAUUUGACGCAUGUUAAGGACAGUAAAAAGUAAAAUUUAAUAUUUUAUAGUUCUUAUAGAUAUAUGUAUUGUAAGUAAGCAUAAUAAAAGUCCUGAGUGUAUUAGUGGUUUUAUUGUUAACAUAGAUUAAAAAUACUCUGUAGAUUUACUAUUGUAAAUUUCAAACAUCUACCACAACAUACCAUGAUGCUACACAUCAUCGAACUUGUUCAUGACAUAAAUCCAAACCCAUAAAUAACCUCUUAAAUUGCACUUUUAAUCGAAAAUUCCGCGAAAAUUACAAAACAAAUUCGACACGAAACUACACCUACAACUACAAUCCACAAACCACGGUACUUUUGAAACACAAACGAACCACAAAUUCCUCAAAAAACGACGUAAAUACCCCAAAAAAGGCAACGUAAACGCCGCCAAGUUUUUGCUGAUUUCCUGUCAUAGCGUGCGAACGCUGGUAAUCCGGUUCGGCCGUUCGGAUUAGCGCGACGAGUUUGCUGGCGGAUUUCCUGAAGCCGGAUCCGCCGUUACGACGCCUACACGUUUGUUUACGGCUGAUAAGCGGGAAACGUCAUCUGGAACGGUAUGCAAAAUAGAGUUGGAGGAAACACUGUAAUGUAUGUUGGGGCAGAGCACAUAGAAAUACUGUAGUGUUAGGUGCGGCCGAGCAUGUAGCGCUUAAGUUUGUUUUGUGAUUUGGAAAAUUACUGUUGUGUAUGGUAAAAUAGAUCAUAAGGUAUGAAAAUGAAGAAUUUGAAGAUAAAAUUAUUACUUAGUUUCUAGCAAAGAACCUUUUUUAAAACUACUGAGUAGAAUGGAUAUGAGUAUAGUAUAGUAUAGAACAGGUUAAAAAAAAGAGACUGAAAAGAUCGAGAAUUGAAAAAGAUGUUGUGAUAAGUUAUAAAGAAUAAACAAUUAAAGAAAAAAAGUUUGGAAGGAAAAUAUUUUUUGGAAAGAUAGUUAUGACUAAAAUAGACCAUUCGUUUUUUUACAUAUAUUGGGCAAAGGAUACCAUAUUUCGAUAACAAAACACAUUUUAACUUUACUUUGUAAAGAUUGUGUUACUACAUGGUAAAGUAGAAUAUAAUGAAGAGAAAUGCCUCAGUUUAUAUAAAAAAGUUGAUUGAAAAUAAAGUUGUCUAAAAUAUAUGUUGUGCUAGAUAUACUUUGCAAAAAAGACUACGUUAGCCCAAAAAUGUGUUAAUAUAAAGUAAAGUGGACUAUGAUAAACAUAUAUACUAUUUAUAGUCUGAAGAAAAAGUUGAUUGGAAAGAAAUUUAUGCCCGUUUUAUGUAAAGUAGUAAUGUGUAUUAACAUAUAUAAUUUGACGGUUACUAGUUAUGUCUUUGGGCGCACAAAAGAAGCCUUACAAAUGGCACUAGCUAAAGUUAUGAAACUGAAAAACUGCUAAUUUAACUAGUAUUUGUUAAUUUUAUUGCUACCUUUUGCAAUUUGAACAAAGAUUGAAAUUUCCAAAAAAAUUUGAAACCAAAGGUUGAAAUACGCCCUGGAUAAGGUGUCCUUUACCUCUUUCUAACAAUUUUUUAUAUGACUUUUUGAAUUUUUUAUGACAUUUUUUUACGAACAAACGAAAAUAGUGAUCAUUACAACAUUACACUCGUUUUAUUGUUUUUUGACAAUUGAAAAUUUUUUUUAAAAUUUAAAGUAUGUUUUAAAGGUCAUGAGCAUGUUGUAAAGGAUAUUUAUGGAAGUAAACUUACAACAGCACUAUUAACAUAAAAAGUAAAGAAAAAGUCAGCAAUCUUUGUUCUAUGGCACUUUUUAUCAUGCUUGUAGGGUAGGGUACUUUAGUUAGUAAUGACGCUAAAAUUGGUCGAUAAUUUUCAAAAAAAAUAUUUUUGGUCGAUAAUUGAGCCAAAAAAAUAUUUUGGUCGAUAAUUGAGCCAAAAAUCGAUGUUGGUUGAAAAUUUCAAAAAAUGUAUUUUUGGUUGAUAGUUGAGCCAAAAAUCAAAUUUUGGUCGAUAAUUGAGCCAAAAAAAUAUUUUGGUCGAUAAUUGAUCCAAAGAUCGAUUUUGGUCGAUAAAUGUCCCAAAAAUGUUAUUUUUGAUCUAAAGUUGAUUAUGGCCAAUCAUAUAGCUUACAAUGACAUUAUAACAAUCAAAAACUUGGGAAUUACAGUAGGUUCGGCGGUAAAACAAAGCGAAAGAAGUUGGCGUGUUCAUGGUGCGUGGGUUCCUUAAUUAAGGCACUCGCUAAAGGGUAAAGACGGAAAUGGAUGGCGUAAAAAGAUGACACAAGAUCGCCAAAAGAAUGAAACUGGCCCAAAGGGCAAAAUUAAGAAUUAUUGAAGGCAGGAUAUCUUAAAAUUUGAAACAUUUAAAAUUUUUAAAAAAUUUGAAAAACUUUUUUUUGAAUUUUCAAACUUCGAAAUUUAAAAAGAUUGAGAUUUUUAGUGGAAACAAAGUUUUAGCGGCCUAAAAUUUCAGAAAAAAUACGUUUUGUCAAUUUGACAGUUGUAAAAAAAGUUCUUGCAAUUUUCUGUCUUGUAAAGAAAGUUCUUGCAAUUUUUCGUUUUGUAAAGAAAGUUCUUGUCAUUUUAUGUUUUGUAAAAAAAGUUUUUUCCAUUUUUGAUAUUAUAAUUAAACAUCACAAGGACUUUCUUUACAAACUAAAAAGUAGCAAGAACUUUUAUUACAGUCGGUUUUAAGCUAUUCUCUGUCUUGUAAAGAAAGUUCUUGCAAUUUUUCGUUUUGUAAAGAAAGUUUUUUCCAUUUUAUAUGUUAAAACCAAAUAUUGCAAGGACUUUCUUUACGAACCAAAAUUUCAGCCAUUUCCUGAUUUGUAAAGAAAGUUCUUGCCAUUUCUAAGCUUCGUAAUGAAAGCUUUUGCCAUUUUAUGUCUUGCAAAGAAAGUUCUUGCCGCUAUGAGAAUUAAAAAAUAACGAUAACAAAAUCUUUUUCAACCCAUGUUCUCCCGGUCGAUUUGAGUUGUGGCCGCGCAUAGUUUGUCCUCGCAUCGGAUCCUCUUAUAAGGUAAACAAAGUGUGAAAAUCAGGUUUCAUGUGAGUGCGGCACUCUGCAUCUGUGUUGGCGGAAGCGUUAAGUAACAGGUGUCAAAAUUAACGGCGAAGAAGAGCUUAUGCCGCGCUUCUUUUUAGGUCUAAAUGUUUUGUCGUAAACAUGAAAUUUACAAAAAUUUUUAAAUUGGCAAAAAAAUUAAUUUUAAAAAUUAAAAAUGUUUUUAAAGAUAAAAACAUAAAGUGGUAUAAAAACGUUGGAAAUAAAGUUAUUGUUAUUUUUUUUUGUUAUCACAGAUAAAACAUCAAAAACUUUCUUUUUAAACUUAAAAUAUUUAGAACUUUCUCAAUAACACAAGAAAUGGCAAGAACUUUUCUUACAAAACAUAAAAUGGCAAGAACUUUCUUUACAAAACAUAAAACCGCAAGAACUUUCUUUAAAAUUUAAAAUGUCAAUAACUUUCUUUACAAAACAAAAAAUUGCGGAAACAUCUCUAAAAAGCAGAAUAUUGGUAAAAAUUUUCUGUACAACCUACUGAAUACCUGCUGGGGACAAAAUUUAAUCCUAUAAAUAAAACCUUUUAAGAAUUUUUUUGCGCAGUCUGUAAUGACCAAGUUAUACGAUGAAACUUAUCCUUUUGUCUUUGCGUAGGCAAACGUUCCAUUUUCAUCAAACCUGAGCUCAAUUACAGUAAAAACACGCUAAAUUUAAAACGGUCGAAAACGUGCCAAAUUAGUUUACACUUUUUGAGGAUUUAAUUAAAUUCGUUACGUAUUUGAGAAAACAUUGGCAUUACAGUGAAAUAAACAGGCAAUUAAGCGAUUAGAAAUUAAUCAAAAACAAUAAUAAGGUAGUAACUAAAUUAAAAUUUAAGUAUCUAAAUUAAUAUUGCUAAGCUGUUGACGACUAAAUUAAAUUUUGAGUAUUUAAAAUCAAUUUUAAGGCUUAGCUGAAUUAAAAUAACAGAAUUUGGUUAUUAAUAGUAGACGUAAAAGUAAAUAUUAUUCUUGGCUUAGAAGAGGAUAUGUUUAAUGUAAGAGGUUGAUGGUUGAUUAAAAACAAUUUUUUGAGUUUUGAGUAGGUCUAAGUGUAAAGACAGUUAUUAGAUGCCGACAUAAAGAACCCGCCAUUUUUUACAGGAAUUGCAGGUAAGGUAUGGCGGGUUCUUUAUGUCGGCACCUAAUCUUACUACUAUGAUGCUAAUUUUUGUUUCGGAAAAUGAUACUGUUAAUACUGUUUUUUAGAAUUUUUUAAAAAAUAUAGUACCAUUUCUUAUAUUAUAAUACUUUUUGUUUUUUAUGAGUGGUACUAUUGGUACUAUUUUUGGACUUCCUUAUGUAUCUAUUCGUAAGCACAAAUACAGGGUGCGCCAAAAGUUCUGUUACAAAACUUACCUUUGUAUUUAAUUUUGAAAAAUAUUUAUGCAAGGACAAAAGAUUGUUUAGAUAGUACAGUUUUUAUUUGUUUGGUACUAUUGGACCACUAGAUUUAAAAAUAAAAAUUUUCGAAAAAAUUGUUAAAAAAAUUUUUUGGGAUUUUUAAAGUUUUAAUUUAUUUGAAACCCAAAAUUGUCAUUUUAAACUUUAAAAUUUUAAAACGUUUUAAAUUUUAAAAAAUUUGUUUUAUAUUUUAAAAUCUUCAGAAAACCGCCAGCUCCACAGCUGUCUCGAAUGCAACGAGCCAAUCCGAGAUCGAUUUCUGUUCAAGGUUUUGGAGAAUUCUUAUCACGAAACCUGUUUGAAGUGCGCCGACUGUCAAAUCAGCUUUCAGCACAGUUGCUACGCCAGGAACGGUCGGAUUUUCUGCCGACAACACUUUUUUCGGUAAGGUUUUGAAAAGAGUGGUUUUUGGGGAUCUGUAGAGAAUCUUAUUGUUGUUUUUCGUAUUGUCAAGAAAGUUCUUGCGAUUCUAUGUUUUGUAAAGAAAGUUUUUGCCAUUUUAAGUUUUGUAAGGGCAGUUCUUGCCAUUUUAUGCUUUCUAUAGAAAGUUCUUGCCAUUUUGGGUAUUAAAACCGAAAAUCGCAAGGAAUUUCUUUACAAACUAAAAAAAUAGAAAGGACUCAUUUAACAGUAUAGUUUACUUUAUAUUUUUUUGUCUUGUAAAGAAAGUUACUGCCAUUUAUUGUCUUGUAAACGAAGUUUUUGUCAUUUUAAGUUUUUUAAAGAAAGUUCUUGCCAUUCCUUGUCUUGUAAAGAAAGUUCUUGCCAUUCUAAGUUUCAGGAAGAAAGUUAUUGCCAUUUUUUGUGUUUUAAAGAAAGUUCUUGCCAUUUUACAGUCUACGAAAAAAAUGUUUUGUUGUCAAAAUACCUUGAUUUACACGCCAUAAAAACAAAAAGACUUUUUUUUGUCUUUAAAAUUGUAUAAAUUUUAAAAUUGAAAAACAAUAUUUUCAGACGAUUCGGGCCGAAGUGUUCGAAAUGCCAUGAGCUAAUCCAAGAGCACGAUUUGAUUCGAAAAGCGAACAGUCACGUCUAUCACGCUGACUGCUUCAAGUGUGUGGUGUGCGAGAACGAACUGAAUACGGGCGAACAAUUCUACCUCAUCCCCAUGGACGGGAGGCUGGUCUGCCGCACCGACUACGAAAAUUCCAACAAAGGUGGGUGA